AUGAGCCGCCAGUUGACCCUCUAUCCCGGUGCUGAGCGCCUGGGCUUCAGUGGCUGCUCCGCUGUCAUCUCAGGCCGGCUCAGCAGCAGCCAUGCCUCGGUCAGGGCCGGAGUCAAGGGAGCAGCAUUCGGCAGCAGAAGCCUGUUCUGUGUAGGGGGCGGCCGGCGGCUGGCGUUGAGCUCUGCGGGGAGGAGCGGCGGCUUCACACUGGGCCACGGAGGGGCGAGCAGUGGGCGGCCCGGGGGCUUCGUGGGCACUGUCUUCGGCAGCGCGGGGCUGGGUCCCACGUGCCCAUCUGUGUGCCCACCCGGCGGCAUCCCCCAGGUCGUCGUCAACAAGAGCCUUCUGGCUCCACUCAAUGUGGAGCUAGACCCGGAGAUCCAGAAGGUGCGCGCACAGGAGAGGGAGCAGAUCAAGGCUCUGAACAACAAGUUUGCCUCCUUCAUCGACAAGGUGCGCUUCCUGGAGCAGCAGAACCAGGUGCUGGAGACCAAGUGGGAGCUGCUGCAGCAGCUGGACCUGAACAACUCUAAGAGGAGCCUGGAGCCCGUCCAUGAGAGUUACAUCAGCAACCUGCAGAAGCAGCUGGAGAGCCUGUCUGGGGACAGGGUGAGGCUGGACUCGGAGCUGAGGAACAUGAGGGAAGUGGUGGAGGACUGUAAGAAGAGGUAUGAGGUGGAGAUUAACAGACGCACAGCCGCUGAGAAUGAAUUUGUGGUGCUGAAGAAGGAUGUGGACGCUGCUUACAUGAACAAGGUGGAGCUCCAAGCCAAGGUGGACUCCUUGACAGAUGACAUCAAAUUCUUCAAGGUCCUCUUUGAAGGGGAAAUUGCUCAGAUGCAGUCCCACAUCAGCGACACGUCCGUCAUUCUGUCCAUGGACAAUAACCGACAGCUGGAUCUGGACAGCAUCCUCGCUGAGGUUCGAGCCCAGUAUGAGGAGAUUGCUGUGAAGAGCAAGGCGGAGACAGAGAACAUGUACCAGUGUAAGAUCCAGGAGCUGCAGGCCACUGCAGGCCAGCAUGGGGAUGACCUCAAACUCACCAAGUCUGAGAUCACAGAGAUCAACAGGCUGAUCCAGAGGAUCCACUCAGAGAUUGGAAACAUGAAGAAGCAGUGCUCCAACCUGGAGACGGCCAUUGCUGAUGCUGAACAGAGAGGCGACUGCGCUCUCAAGGAUGCCCGGGCCAAGCUGGACCAGCUGGAGGGAGCCCUGCAGCAGUCCAAGGAGGAGCUGGCCCGGAUGCUGCGUGAACACCAGGAGCUGAUGAACGUCAAGCUGGCCCUGGACAUGGAGAUCGCCACCUACCGCAAGCUGCUGGAGAGCGAGGAGAGCCGGAUGGCUGGUGAAUACCCAAGUUCUGUGAGCAUUUCUGUCAUUAGCAGUACCAAUGCAGGACCAGGAGGUGCUGGCUUCAGUGUGGGCUUUGGUGCCUCAAGCAGUUAUAACUACAGACCUCUGGCCUUGGAGGUGAAGACCAAGGGUAGCUGUGGCAGCGAGCUCAAGGAUCCUCCGGCCAAAACCUCAGGCAGCGGCUGUGCAGCCAAAAAGACCUCCAGAUGACAGACAGGGGCAGUGCUAUGAGCAGAAGGCUGUGGACCCCACUCUCCUCUUCCCUCUGGUCCC